UUAAAUUCUAACACCUUUUUACAAAAUAACAUAUUCUUAGGAAAAAUUGGACAAGGAUAUUGAUUGAAAUGAAUCUUCCAUUUCGUAUUGGAGGGGGUACAAUAUUUGGCUACUAACAUUGUGAAUAAUAAGAUACAUAAAUAUUCACAAUAAUACAAUAUCAGCCUCAAAGUAUUCACGGUAAAUACAAGACACAUAAAGUGGACGUUCUUGAUCAUAUCCAAAGCCGCAUCUAAUUUUUUCACAACUUCAAUCCAUCCAAAAAUUGCAAUGGAGUCAAAGUAAAUCAUCACUACUCAAGAAAUGGAUAAACUCUCUUCCAACUCCUCCUAGUGGCUCCCUUGAUGUUGAUUUCCAAACUCACAUUCACCACAAUUCACACACACCCCAAAAAAAAAAAAAAAAAAAAAAACAAAUUCCCAAAAAAUUAAAAAAAAAAAAAAAAAACAAAAAAAGAAAUUUCCACCACCACGUGAUCGACGACGUACGUGUGACUAUUCUCCUCACAUCCCAAAAGUGGGCCACCUCUACGGGCCCCAGCCGUGGCGAAUCGAUUUACUUGAAUUUCUCAACUACCUGAAAAUUAUUUAUUUGAUCCAAAUUUAGUUUAAUUAAAAAUAAAAUAAAAAAUUCUGAAAAAUCUCUGCAAUUUCCCAGUUUUCCAUCUUCACUGAAUUUCUCACCAGAUUCAUUCAUUCGAUAAUUUUCUCUCUCCUCUAAUUCCGACGCCAUGGAAGCUCUUCCUUAAGCUUUCUCUCUCUUUAAAUCUCUCACUACCUCGAUCUCAUCGGAAACCCUAACUUUUAUACUCUUUCUCUCUCUAGAAAUCUCGAAUUGGAUUUUUACCAGUCAUAGUAGUUGAGGUUGACUACUAUUUUGUAGUUUUUCUGGCAAUGCAAGUCUGCUGUAACUCGAUAAUCAGCCUCUCAAGGGAGGAUUGUUUUGGAAUUCGACCAUUUUCUUCACAAAUUCAAGAGAUUUGCAGAUUUCAAUUUGAUUGUUGUCAGCGAUUUUAUUGUUACCGUGAUGACGGUUGCAGAUUCUCAUAGUUCGAUUCUUUGUAAUGCCGGUGCCGGUGCCGCUGCUGGUGUAAUUGCAGCUUCUUUUGUUUGUCCUUUAGAUGUUAUUAAAACUAGACUUCAAGUUCAUGGCCUUUCCACUCUUGGAAAUGGACCAACCAAAGGUAGCAUCAUUGUAUCUAGUUUGGAACAUAUAUUUUAUAAAGAGGGCUUGCGUGGAAUGUAUCGUGGUCUCUCUCCUACUGUCUUGGCUUUGCUUCCUAAUUGGGCGGUGUAUUUUACUUUGUACGAACAGCUUAAGAGCCUUCUCGGCUCAGAUGAUGGGAAUCCUCAACUUUCAGUGGGUGCAAAUGUAAUUGCUGCUUCUGGAGCUGGGGCUGCUACAAUCAUUGUUACGAAUCCUCUUUGGGUUGUAAAGACGAGAUUCCAGACGCAAGGAAUGAGAAAGGGUGUGGUUCCAUACAAGAGUACUCUGUCUGCUUUGCGGAGAAUAGCACACGAGGAGGGUAUUCGUGGCUUAUAUAGUGGCCUGGUCCCUGCAUUGGCUGGAGUAAGUCAUGUGGCAAUCCAAUUUCCUAUAUAUGAGCAAGUUAAAAGCUACUUGGCCAAUAAAGAUGAAACUUCCAUUGAUAAGGUUCCUGCACGUAAUUUUGCAAUUGCCUCAUCAGUAUCGAAGAUAUUUGCAUCUACAUUGACAUAUCCUCAUGAGGUUGUUCGAUCACGACUUCAAGAACAAGGGCAUCAUUCUGAGAAACGGUACUUAGGGGUGACUGAUUGUGUCAGGAAAGUGUUUCAGCAAGAUGGCAUCGCUGGAUUUUACCGUGGUUGUGCCACCAAUUUGCUUAGGACUACACCAGCUGCUAUGAUCACCUUUACCAGUUUCGAGAUGAUUCACCGGUCUUUGGUCAGUAUGUUUCAACCUGACACACAACAUCAUACACUUUAAAUUUCAGAUGGAGUUUUUACCUGUUCUGCUGCCUCGAUGAAUUACUGUGGAUAUGCCAAACCUGCAACUAUAAUUUUCUCUCUAAUUCUUUGGUGGCCUAGAAACUAGGUUUACCCCCAGAUAGGAAAAUAUAUUUGAAGCUCAUUUUUUCACCGAAUGUACGGGUGGGAUUAAUUAUUAGUGAUGAUGAUGAAAAAUGUAAAAUUAGAAUUACAAAAGCUAUUUGUCAACUUUAAAAAGGCUGUGACAAUAUUUGUGUUGUGAAAGAAGUAUGAUUUUAGCUUUGUUGGUAGUAUGAGUGCCGCAGAGGUACUUGUGUUUUACGCUGAGAAUUUUGUGUACAUAAAGCUCUUUAACCUAUUGAGUCUAUUAUGUGUGUUAUCUCAAUCCGUUAUAAUUA